CCAGAGGGUGGCAGUGGUAGAAGUAUCAGAGGCAGUGAACACUCCAAAACAACGCGCACGUCUGUCUUUGUAUUGCGAGAUGUAACUUUUGCGAAUAUAACCAGUCGCGGUGUUGAAGAGACGUGGUACUGUCGUGCUUUGAGUUUGAAAACGUGAAUUGCUGGAGGCACUGUGUUUAACGUUAACGGACGACUGGGGAAUGAUAGGCGAGCAACCAGCAACAAGGAUGAAGCGUCUUCCUCGAACCAUUGCAUUCGACUGAGUGGGUGUCCAAGGAGGCAGUCGACCCACCCAACCUUCCUAAAUGUUUGAAUGAAGCAUCUUUAUCUUUUCGAGCAGGUUCAUAUCAAAGGAAUAUACUUCAUACUAUUUUCAGGGGAGAAAAUGUUGCGCUUGGUUUUAACAGCUGCUCGAAAUAAACCUGGAUAACACGAGGAAUACAGCAAUAGAGCUGCCUGCUUCACCUUUGGAUUCCCUUGAACGUUUGCAGUGUGCAAGUCCUCUUUGAUGCAUCUCGGGGUUGCUGAGCCCAUGCGAGAGUGCGAGUAUAGUCAGAUUAGCACUCGCAGCUCCACGCCGAUGGAGUCCCCGCACAAGAAGAGGUCCCUGAAGAAGAAGUGGCAAGCCUUUCCAGGGCGGAAUAAGUUUUACUGCGACGGGAGGAUUAUGAUGGCGAGACAGACGGGUGUGUUCUACCUCACACUGGUCCUCAUCGUUGUCACAAGUGGGCUCUUCUUUGUUUUCGACUGUCCGUUCCUGUCGUCCCAGCUCACUCCGGCCAUCCCUGUGAUCGGCGGCGUUCUCUUCUGCUUCGUGUUGGGCACGCUGCUGCGGACCAGUUUCAGUGACCCAGGAGUCCUGCCCAGAGCCUCACCAGACGAGGCGGCCGACCUGGAGCGGCAGAUAGACGUGGCCAACGGUUCCACCUCCACUGGCUACAGGCCGCCACCCAGGACCAGGGAGGUGGUCAUCAAUGGCCAGACGGUCAAGCUCAAGUACUGCUUCACCUGUAAGAUCUUCAGACCUCCGAGAGCGUCGCACUGCAGCCUGUGUGACAACUGUGUGGAGCGCUUCGACCACCACUGUCCAUGGGUGGGGAACUGCGUGGGGAGGAGGAACUACCGUUUCUUCUACAUGUUCAUCCUCUCGCUCUCCUUCCUCACCAUCUUCAUUUUCUCCUUCGUCCUCACCCAUGUCAUCCUCCGGUCUCAUAGCAUUGGGUUCCUCAGCGCACUCAAGGACAGCCCAGCAAGUGUGCUGGAGGUGGUGGUGUGCUUCUUCUCCGUCUGGUCUAUUGUGGGGCUCUCUGGAUUCCACACCUACUUAAUUGGCUCCAAUCAGACCACCAACGAAGAUAUAAAAGGCUCCUGGUCGUCUAAACGAGGGAAGGACAACUAUAACCCCUACAGCCACGGCAACAUCUUCACCAACUGCUGCGCUGCCUUGUGUGGGCCCCUGCCUCCCAGUCUCAUCGACAGGAGAGGCUUCAUCCUGCCAAACACACCACUUCCUGCUCCCCCCACCAACGGCAUCACCAUGUAUGGUUCCACUCAGUCACAGAGUCACAUGUGUGACCAAGACCAGUGCAUUCAGAGCACCAAAUUCGUUUUGCAGGCCGCCGCCACGCCGCUGCUCCAGAGCGCCGAGGUGCCGCUGGCGGGCGAGGAUCCGGCGCUGCCGGGCCGCACCUUGCUGGCGGGGGGGCCAUGCCCCUCGCUGCUGCUGGGCCAGCCCACGCCGCCCACGUCCACGGCCAGCCUGAGCUGCGACGGCGAGCUCAUCCCCCCGCACCCCUCGCACCCCCCCGAGCCGCCGGGCCCGCACCUCCACCCGCACAUGCCGCACCCGCACCACCACUUCCUCACGCCCGAGGAGAUGCCCUCGCCGCCGGGCAUGUUGCCGUGCGGGAGCCCCCUGGCCCACAGCCACACCGUGCCCUUCUAUCACCCGGCCAGCCAGGACUCGCUGCACGAGGACUCGGUCAGGGGCCUGGUCAAGCUCAGCUCCGUCUGACCCACUGCACCCCCUCAGGCUGCUGUCCACCCAACAGAUGAACUAGCCCCUUUCUGGGACAAGGACCUCCAACAACCCACGCCCACCACAGCCAUACCAAGAACAGAGAAAGGGCAAAGUCUUUCUUGCUCUCGCCUCAACAUGCAAUCGCCUACUUGCCAACGCACACAUACACACAUACAACACACACACACACACACACACACACACACACACACUCAACUCUUCUGCUGGCGUUGAGAUGUCUUAGAGGUCCACAGAUCUCUCAUCAUGGCCUGCUAAUCCACUGCCCCCCAACCCUGGAAGCCCCCAGUCUAGUGCUCCCUAGAGGCAGAGCAGAGGCUGCAGGAACGAGGGCUGCAACCACUGUGGUGCCAUCCAGGAGGAGGAGGAGAAGUCGUCGUCCUUCCUGAAACAUGUUAGACAUGUUAAAGACACGGAACGGAGAAGGAGAAAAAAAAAAAGCUGCUUUGUCGUUCUCAUUGUUAUUAUGUUUCUCUCUCUUUCUGGCGCGGCGGUGAGUCUGGUGCCCUUCUUUUGUAAAUCAGACACAGUCCAGCUCACGGCUCAGCCCCCAUAGACUCUUCCAUUUGCCUUUCUGAUCAGAGAUUCUUGUCCACAGUGCAGUCUGCCACACCAGUUGGCGUCAUCAUGUCACAUAUCACUCGAUUAUUCUAUAUUUUUUCAAUGUUUUCAAACAAGACAGUAUUGUUUGUUUGUUUUUCUCAUGUUGUUAUAUUUCCUGUGGAUAUGAAUAAAAGCCCUGCAUUUUUA